AUGUCCUUGGUAGCAGAAGCACCGGGUUACCUUCAAGUCUUCUCUGAUGGAUCUGUGGAACGCUUUGCCCCUGAGAUUGUUCCAGCCUCACUAGAAUCAACUAACGGAUACUCGUCUAAAGAUGUGAUUAUUGACUCAUCAAAACCAGUUACAGGAAGAUUAUUUCUUCCAAGUAUAGCAAGUACUGGGUCCAAAAAUAAGCUUCCUGUUAUUGUUUACUUUCAUGGUGGUGGCUUUUGCAUUGGCUCCACCACAUGGGCUGGCUACCAUCAUUUCCUGGGAGAUCUGUCUGCUGCCUCCCAAUCCAUCGUUCUCUCUGUUGAUUACCGUCUAGCUCCCGAAAAUCGUCUCCCCAUAGCAUAUGAAGAUUGUUAUAGCUCUCUGGAUUGGCUUGUUCGCCAAGUAGGAUCUGAACCAUGGCUCGAGCAGGCUGACCUUUCCCGUAUGUUUCUGUCUGGGGACAGUGCUGGAGGAAACAUUGUGCACCAUGUUGCUAUCAAAUCCAUUCAGAACAACAGCUGUCAUAUUAUAAAGAUUAAGGGAUUAUUGCCAAUACAUCCUUAUUUUGGCAGUGAGCAGAGGACUGAGAAAGAGAAGGCCGAAGGAGCAGCAGGAGAGGUUGCAAGCAAUGACAUGUUUUGGAGACAAAGUAUACCAGAAGGCUUGAACCGUGAUUAUUAUGGUUGUAAUUUUCAGAAGGCUGAAUUAUCCGCAGCUGAAUGGAGCCAAUUUCCUUCUGUUGUAGUAUUCGUGGCUGGCUUGGAUUUCUUGAAGGAAAGGGGAGAAAUGUAUGCAGAAUUUCUGCGGACUAAAGGGGUUAAAAUGACAAGGCUAGUGGAGACUGAGGGAGAGUCGCAUGUAUUUCAUGUGUUUUAUCCCAAGUCUGAGGCAACCCGCCUGCUCCAACAACAAAUGAUUGAGUUCAUGAAGAGCUCUUAACCUUCAAAAUCAUCUGAAAAGAAUUCUAGUCUUAUUGUAAGCCAGUAAUCGUAAGGACAAUGGUCUUUGGAGUGCUGAAUAAAUCAAAAGGCAAUUUAAACAAUGCUUGGCAAAGAAAAAUCCCAGUCAAUUUUGGAUCCAAAUCAAACUGAACAACUUU